ACUGUCAAACCGUUAUAAUACGGUGUUUACAAAAUAAUUGUAAGAAUUGAAACACUAGUUUGAUUAAGAACUGAGAUAGGUUUAUAAAAAAAGAUUAUCAACUAUUGACAAAAUAAUUAACUGAGAAACCAGCAAUGGAUAAACAUAACAGCUCAGAAUUAUUAAAUUCAGACUUCUCAUUGUCCAAAAAUGCAAGUUCCGAUUCAUUAGAUUCUGACUCCAAAUCUAGUUCAUUGAAUUCUAAACAUGGACAAGAAUCCUCUCACGUAUUGGGUGAUAUUCAGCUUCUAGACGGUGAAAAAGUCAUGGGUGUGGCUCGGGAUGUUACAUAUCUUUGUCCCUAUAGUGGACCAUCUAGAGGUGUUCUUAAAGUAACCAAUUACCAGUUGCAUUUUCGACCAACUGACAUUACACCUCUGCAAAGUACGCUGAGUGUUUCCUUGGGUGUGGUCUCCAGAAUUGAAAAAGUUGGUGGAGCUUCAUCUAAGGGGGAGAACUCUUAUGGGAUUGAAGUAUUCUGCAAGGAUAUGAGAAACUUACGCUUUGCUCAUAAACAGGAAAAUCAUUCUAGACGUGGCAUUUUUGAGAAAUUACAACAACUGGCAUUUCCACUGUCUCAUAGAUUGCCGUUAUUUGCAUUUAGUUAUUUAGAAAGUUUUGCAGAAGAUGGCUGGCAAGUUUAUGAACCUGUUGUGGAAUUGCGGAGAAUGGGUGUCAACAAUGACAUGUGGCGAAUAACUCGUAUAAAUGACAAGUAUGAGAUAUGUGACAGCUACCCAUCGGUAUGGGCGGUACCGGCUGCCGCUAACGAUGACCUGCUACGUUCUGUUGCGGCUUUUCGAUCUCGCGGCAGAAUUCCAGUAUUAGCCUGGAUACACCCGAGUUCACAAGCCACUAUUACCAGGUGCAGUCAACCUUUGGUAGGGGUUAGUGGUAAACGCAGCCGUGAAGAUGAAAGAUAUAUCCAGCUUAUAAUGGAUGCGAAUGCUCAAGCUCAUAAGCUGUUCAUCAUGGAUGCUCGGCCCAGUGCUAAUGCUAUUGCUAAUAAGGCUAAGGGAGGCGGGUAUGAAUCAGAGGACGCGUAUCAAAACGCAGAAUUAGUGUUUCUAGAUAUACACAAUAUUCACGUGAUGAGGGAAAGUUUGCGAAAGUUGAAGGAAUUGUGCUUCCCACAAAUUGAUCAGACGAGAUGGUUCAGUGGAAUUGAGGCAACUUGCUGGUUGAAGCAUAUAAAAUGCAUUCUGGCGGGAGCCGUUCGGAUUGUUGACAAGGUGGAGAACCACAAAACAUCGGUACUGGUCCAUUGUUCCGAUGGCUGGGACCGGACCGCCCAGUUGACAGCCCUCGCGAUGCUCAUGCUUGACCCGUUUUACCGCACACUGAGAGGCUUCCAAGUCCUGAUUGAAAAGGAGUGGUUGUCCUUCGGCCACAAGUUCCAACUGCGUAUAGGCCACGGAGAUGAACGACAUUCGGACGCAGAUCGUUCACCGGUCUUCGUUCAAUGGGUGGACUGUGUUUGGCAACUGCAGCAACAAUUCCCAACUGCGUUUGAAUUCACCGAACGACUCCUUAUCACAAUCGUCGAUCAUCUGUACUCGUGUCGUUUUGGUACAUUCCUCUUCAACACCGAACGAGAGAGAGUUAAAGAAGAACUUAAGGCCAAAACUGUGUCCCUCUGGUCCUACAUAAACAGUCGUCAGGACCUGUACCUGAAUCCUUUAUAUUGGGGUCCAAGCGCCUUUGGCCCUAACACGCCACCUUCACCCUAUUCAAGACCGCAAACAGUACUGGUACCAGUUGCAUCUUUGAGGAUCAUCAAGCUGUGGAAAGCUUUAUACUGUAGAUGGAAUCCUACUAUGAGGCAACAGGACCCAAUAUUCCAACGUACGCGCGAGUUAGUGGCUUUACGAGCGCAGUUAGAAGCGGCUGCAGCGGCAGCGGCGGGAGAUCACGCGGCGCGGCAACAUCGCUUAGCUCUCACUCCACCACGCGUUGCAAGUCCGCAUCAUGUCUGAAGUGAACUAUUGUGAGUAAGAUUUUAAACAUCACUUGAACAAAAAUAACAUAGUAUUUUAUUCGGCUAUUACUAAUUUUAACUGCCAUAGAUUAAGUAUUUAUUUUACACCUGUUUGCCAAAGUAAAGAAAUGUUAAAUAGGUCGACUACUUCAUCAAUACAUCCGUUUUUAUUAAACUAAAACGAAUAACAAAAAGACGAAACGUUUCGUUCGUUCGUUAUUGGUCAAACGUAUAUGACGUAUCUCGUGUCGACCGUGUUGACGUGCUAUUGACCAAUCACAAUCGAACGGAGCGCACAAUCGUUUACUCUUUCGUUUAACAUCGCCUUCACCAUAGAUUAAAUAUAUUAUGGCAAACGAACGAGUCUUAUAUUUAUGGCUUGUAUUUCGGAAAUUAAUAGAUUUCAAGUUCUCUAAUAAAGCUAGCUUUCAAAUUUCACAAUAAAUAUUUAUUAGUUAGCAAAACAAUAGCAUUUUUUAUUGUUUAAGAAUAUCAGCUCCAUGUACAUUUGACGAUUAUGGGCUUACUUAAAUUAAUUAAAUAUUUUACUUUUACAACCUUCAGUAAGCAAUAGACUGAUUGCUACAAUAAAUUAUGUUUCCAUUUAAUUUUAAAAAGUAUACAAUGUUUCAAAAAUGUUAUAUUUGACAAAAAAUUAUUUAAGUUAAGAAAAUAUAAUUUUAGACUUUUAAAAAAUCAUAAGUAGCUAAGCCAAACGUGAAUUAUUUGUAAGUAGUUUUAUAAAUGUAUUUCGUUUUCCUCAUGCGCCAGGAUAUCUGACAUACAUAAUUAUUGUGGAAAAAUGUUUUUACCAAACUCAAUGCAUGGACGUAACCGUUGCAAAUAUAAGCCUCAAAUAGUUAAUAAAUGUUUUGUUCUAAUAACAUUUGUCUUUGCAAAUACAGUGUAAACUUUAUAAAGCGGCGCUGAAGUAUUGUAUAGAUAACAAAACAUUCAACUAGAGUUCAGUAAUUUAGAAGUUUUAGGGCCAUAACCUCACCGAGACGCCAUGGCGACGUGGCCAGCGACGUUGCCAUGGUUACGUCUGGCGUCCCUGCGUCGCCAAAUCGCGUCGCCAAUGCAUUCUGUUUUGUCUCGACACAAAAUAAAAAUCAAAACUAAAUUAAAAUAAUAAUAAUCUUAUUAAUUAGGAGAGCAGAAGCGUAACUAACAAUUUCUUUCAGGAUAACCAAGUAAAAAACUUAAUGAAGGGACUAUGAAAAAGCAAAAAAGUGCUAAGGUGUGCUAAUUCGGCAACUGGUUGGCGACUGAGUGAGUGACGGAGGAUACAAACACGUGCAAACAACUGACUACGUCGCCAGUCGGUCGCCAAGUGAGUUAGCCGACAUACAUUUCAAUAAGAACUAGUUGGCCACGUUGUCAUGGCGUCUCGGUGAGGUAUGGCUCUUAGGGUGUUUGACGUUAGAUUUUGUAAUCUACAGAUAAAAUAGUUUCCAUUGUUUACGUGCUUAAGCCGAAUUCGCUUUAUUGUAUAAAUAAUACAGUUAAUAUGUAAUAUUAAAAUUAAGAAUAAGUGUUUAUAUAUA